GAACAACAGGCUCAACACACACAUGCAUGCAUAAGCACAUACACACCAUCUCUCUAGCGUCUUGAUUUAUGGAAACAAUUAUAAUUCUGGUGGAGUCUUUCUGAGCUCAGAAAGUCUGUAGCUACAGCACAGUCUCAUGUUGCAAAACGCAGACAACAGAAAUGGAAUACUUGGGUAUCCAGCUGUUAUCAACAGAAACAAUGCAAGCAGCAAAUUCAAGUAGUACAGAAGGUCACAGCAACAAAGGUUUUUAUAACUUGUGUCUUUAAAGGAUAUUUUGACUGAAAAGAUAUUUAAGAAGCUCUUCCAUUUCGCCAUUAACUAUUAAGGAAUAAGGAUCAGAAUUCUUAGAAGAGGGAACAAUCUCAUUUAAAUCAAUCUGUAACUCAUAAAGACAGAAGGCAGGUCGGUGACCUAAGAGCAACAGUCUACUUGAGAUUUAAUUUUCAUUAUGUUGUUCAUGAACACCCAGAACACUGCACUAUAAUGCACAAAUGGAUACUGACAUGGAUCCUGCCAAUUUUGCUCUACAGAUCAUACUUUUACCUUAUCUUUCUAAUGGGCACUAUAUCUUUAGCUUGCAAUGACAUGACUCCAGAGCAAAUGGCUACAAAUGUGAACUGUUCCAGCCCUGAGCGACAUACCAGAAGCUAUGAUUAUAUGGAAGGGGGGGAUGUAAGAGUGAGAAGACUUUUCUGUCGAACUCAGUGGUAUAUGAGGAUUGAUAAGCGAGGCAAAGUAAAAGGGACAAGAGAAGCAAACAACAACUACAGUAUUCUAGAAAUCAGAACAGUGGCAGUUGGAGUAGUGGCAAUCAAAGGAGUGGAAAGCGAAUACUUCCUAGCAAUGAACAAGUCAGGAAGACUGUACGGAAAGAAAGUAUGCAAUGAGGACUGUAACUUCAUAGAACUGAUUGAAGAAAAUCAUUAUAAUACAUAUGCUUCUGCAAAAUGGACACACAAAGGAAAAGAGAUGUUUGUUACAUUAAACCACAAAGGUGUUCCCAUGAAAGGUAAAAAAACAAAGAAGGAACACAAAGCAUCCCACUUUCUUCCUCUGGCAAUAUCCUAAUCAUAAAUGAUCUAUACAGAACUAGUUCCAGCAGGAAGAUUAUUUUUAAGGAGACUAUUUGACAAGAUAUCAAGAGAGGCUGGAAUACUACUGAGAAACUGAACAAGCUGGACUUGCGCAUUUAUGUUUAUUUUUAAGAGACUACACGAAAAAGAUUUGAAAAUAUACACAAAACCAGAUUUACUAACUAAAAGUUGUAAAAAAUUCUAAAGAGUUGUACAAUCAUUAUCUUAGUCAUUGUAACUGGGUAGUUUCUUAAAUUAAUUUACCCUGAAGAAUAAGAAGUGACUUGAUUUUCUGAUAAUAUUUUAUUUAAA